UUCACCCUUAAUCACUUUAUUAAGGGGGACCAAGCUUAUGCACUUUGUUAGAGUCAAUCUCCAUCAAUAUGAGUUUGCAGCAACCUCUUAGAAGAGAUGCAUAAUAAGGUGGAUUGUUCUUGCAACUUGGUCCGACAUUUUCUUUUUCCCCUUCUCUUCUUCCAUUGCUAGAGACCAAAUUGAGAGAGGGAAGGGAGAGGGAAGGAGGAGAAGGAAUAUAUCUCGUAAAACUUGAAUAUUGGUCCCACGAUUAUUGGAAACUGUGGACGCCAUGAUUUUUGUUUACUAACUCAAGCACACCCUAUCUUGAUUUGCUUGGAAUCUGGAGAUAUUCUAGAAUACAAAUUACAAUCAGAAAUUCCAACUUUUGGCUAACAAAACCUAUCUAAAAAGAAUAAGAAUCUACCCUCUUGGCCAUAACUCAAUUCAGUAGAUUAUGAAGAAUAACUUUGGAAAUUGACCAGCACUAACAUUUUCCCUCUACAAAAUGUGGCAAUGAACUUAUAAAUCAAGCUGUGCAUACUUGUUUCAUCGAGACCAUCCUAUUUCUUUUUUCUUGUCUCUAUUUGUAUACAAAAAUCUGAAGCAAUACAUAGAUAGAUUCAAAAAAAAUCACCAAUGGCUCAAGAGGGGCCUCUAUCUGCUGAACUUGAUAUGCUUAGUCAUGUUCUGAGGCUGGUGGAGGCUUUUCGGGCUUUCGACGCUGACAGUGAUGGCCAAAUUUCUUCAGCAGAGCUUGGUGGGAUCAUGGGAUCACUAGGAUACAAUCCAGCUGAGGCAGAUAUUCAGGCUAUGAUGCAAAAAGGUGACACUAACAAAGAUGGACUGCUAAGCAUUACAGAGUUUCUUGAUUUGAACACCAAGGACCUUGGACUUGGUGGCCUCUCAACUAUUCUCAGGAGGGUUUUUGCGGCCUUGGAUUUUCAGGGGGAAGAGUUUGUGACCGGGGAAGAGCUGUUUGAAGUUGUGGAAAAUAUGGGACAAGAUUUGUCUCUUGAAGAUUGCCAGAGUAUUAUUGCUUCUGUUGAUGGAGAUGGAGAUGGAGCUAUAAGUUUUGAGGACUUCAAGCUUAUUGUCACUGCCCUCCUCUAGAAUUCUGUUCUGGUUUUCCAUAUCUAACGGACAAAUACAAUAGGCAUAAAGCAGUAGUACUAGUUUGUAACCCCAUGCUUAAGCAUGGAUAUGUAUUUGUUUCAAAAUUAAGGAAUAAGAACAUAAAAUAAUUUUACUUCAG